UUCAAUUGAUUGUAAUAAUUUUUAUAAAUUUAUAUAUUGAUUUUAAUUUUGACAGCCACGCGUGUUGCAAUUUUGCAAAAAUCAAAAUCGUUUGCGCAGUGUUGUUGUUCGUUGCCGGUCAACGAAACACUUGGAAAUAAUUAAAAUAAAAAAAAUUAAAUAAUCAAUAUAUCAAUAAUUCACCAGGUGUUUAACACUGCAUAAUGGUACUUUUCAGUGUGCCUAUAAAUUAAAAUAAAAAAACAAAAGAAAAGUAAUAUCAUAAAGUGCAAUUGUUUGUUUUAUUUUAUUGAUGAAUAUUAAAGUGACAGCAGCAACCAAGGUAACCAGCAAGAAAAAUAAUAAAAUAUACAAAAUAAAUAAAUAAUAAAUUGAGCUGUAAAUAAUAAAAAAUAUAGCUCAUUAAAAUAAAUAAUUAUAAAGUUUAUUGGACAUGUUGAUUGAAUUGAUUAAUAAAAAUAAAAAAUCAAUAAUAAUAAAAUGAUUGGUAAUGUGUGGUCAAUAAUAUCAUGGUACUUUAGACCUUUGAUAAAAUGGUUUUUACAUCAAACAACACAAAUGUGUGAAUUACAAAGGAUAUGUUAUGGUGAACCAUCUGGUGCACCAAGAGCACUUGGUGUUGAACGUUCAUUACGACAAUCACGUAAUAAUAAUAUAAAACAACUUGUUAAUAAUCUUGAUAAUUUAUCACGUCAACGUAUUAUAACAAUUAAAACAGAACGUGGUAUAUUAGAAGAAGCAAUACAUACUGUAUUAUUAUGUAAAAAAAUUAAUCCAUUAGCACAUCCUGAUUUUGCAAAAUCAUUUGGUAAAUGUGUUGAAUUAAUAUGGGGCUAUCAUCAGCUUGUUGCUGAAUGUGAAGAGCGAAGAAAAAUAUAUUAUGAUUCAGAUAAUUCAGGUCAUGAAUUGUUAUUAUUAAAGUUGUGGAAUUUAUUAAAACCAAAUGAACCUUUAGAAUCACGUGUUACAAAACAAUGGCAAGAUAUUGGAUUUCAAGGUGAUGAUCCAAAAACUGAUUUUCGUGGUAUGGGAUUAUUGGGACUUGAAAAUUUAGUUUUCUUUGCUGAAGAAUAUCCAACAGCAGCAUCACAUGCAUUGUUACAUUCAGUACAUCCAAAAUAUGGUUAUGCAUAUGCUAUUGUUGGUAUUAAUAUAACAAGUAUGGCACUUAGAUUAUUACGUGAUGGUACAGCUAAAACACAUAUAUUUAAUACAUCUAAAACAUUACCAACAAUACGUGCCUUUCAUCAAUUUUAUAGUUAUUUAUUUUAUGAAUUUGAUGAAUUUUGGAUUGAAUCAAAGCCAAAUAACAUGAUGGAAUUUUCAUCAAUUCAAGAAAAAUUUGAAUCAACCAUUAGAAUUGCAUUGGCUGAUCCAACAACAGUUUUUCGAAUUAAUUUAUCAGUUGAUAAUAUUUAAUUUCAAUUUAAAAAAUUAACAAAUAGUAAAAAAAUAUCAGCAAUAAUUUAAACU